AUGACUACCAAAAACACCAUUCGCCUCCCACCUAGCAGGGCCAUAGGGGAACUGAAAUCUACCAAACGACACGACCUGACUGCCCCGGCUGAUGAGAGGCAAAAGACUUUGCGAGAUCUUCUCCUGAUCCAUCAUGGCGCCGCUGCGCCUCUUCGCGAACCGCAUCUGAUCCUGCAUGAUCAUAUGCCUCACAUCCUCUGCUCAGCUCUGGACAUUGGACAAAGUUCGGAGGUCCUUAAGGAGACACACGACAAUGUCAUGGAGACGUUGGUCAAGAUCGAUCAUACAUUUCCUCGGGGAGAGAAGAUCGAAAGAAGUCGGUUGCGGGACUACUUCAAGAAGCGAGAAUAUACUGUUGCUUUCAUGGACUUCUUCGACGAAGAGUUUCGAAAGAAGAACGGUGACUGGAAGAAGGUCGUACACAACUAUCUUUUCGAGCAAGAUCGGCCACUCAUGAAUGGUCUUGUUGGCGGGUUGGGACACCCAAUGAUCCACCUUGCAUAUGCAUAUGACUUUGAGUGCAAAGAAGUUGCAUCUGAAGGCCUCAGCCUGCUAUGCACAGACUACAGCGACUUCCACACUCUGCUGGACGAACCGCAGCCGGACACAUCCACGUACAAAACUACAUCUCUGGUUGAGAUUUUCGAGCGGGUAUGCCAAGAUCCACGUUUCGACAAUCUCACUGAUCACCCUGGAAUCGUCGAGAUGGGCAAAGUGAUGGAAGGGGCCGGCGCGGCAAUAAUCGAACACUGGAAUGCUUGGGAAGUCACAGAUCCAUUGCACCAGCUCGAGCAAGCCUGCGAUAUGGCCACACUCCUCGCCAUGAGCACGUACGAUGAGCUGCAUGAAUUCGACUUCUUCCUCCUCCACCUCAUGACCUCAGCUCACGCCAUGCGGUCCCUCUGGUUGCACAUUCCGCCCGAGAAACGUAAGAAUAUGCUGCGAGAAUUCGCCAUCAUGAUCAUAUCGACAUACAUAUGCCAACAAAGACCUCCCAUCCGGGCAGACCUGAUCGAGAACGUGGACGUCAAAGGACGAGAUUGGGAAUGGGUCAAGAAAACAGCGCGAGAGCACCCAGCCGCCAAAAUCGACGUGCACUUCUUCAAAGCGAUUCGCGCUCCCCUAGGUUUCGAGGAGACUUGGGGAGACAAGGAUGGCUGGUAUCUCAAGGCUGCCUUGUUGUAUUUGGACAAUUUCCGGGGUUGGACGGGGUUUGGGGAAGGGAUUCCGGGGUUUGAUGAGAAGGAUGAGGGUUGGUCGGCUCGUAAAGGGCUCGGGCCUGCUCAGAGGCUGUAG